AACGAGAUCAACUCACUGUGAGUAACGCGUGGUUUGUACCGUGAGUAAAGCACGAGGUAAACACGAUGCUUGGUUCCCGGUGUGACUGAAGGGUUGCCGUGUCUGGAUCUGAUCGUUAACCAAGACUUUGUUUUGUAUGUGUUUUCUUGGAAACCGGAGCGUUGCGUGAAUGGAUCUAUUUCUGAAAUUACAGAAGGGAUGUUUUCACUCAUGCCUUCUCUGCAGCUGCUGUAAGUGCUAUUUUGGCAGGUGAAAGUAAAAUCGAUGCAUUGAUUGAUUGCCAUUGACAGUUUAGGCUAAUUAUAGUACAAAAAGUGGACAUAUUAUUAAUUGUUACGUGUUAAUUCUUUGUAUCCGGGUCGUUUUUUUGUCCUCCACAGACCUCUAAAUGCAAAUUCAUUGAUAACAAUCAAAGAUGAUGCGUUCGCUGGCCUUCCACAUCUAGAAUAUUUGUGAGUAUUAAUUGAUGAACCUGCAUGUUAAAUGACCAUCUGUAGUUUUUCUGAUAGUAUUCAAAAUUGAAUACAAAAAAACCCGAAAAACCUGACAAAAUACCUGACCAAACAAAGAUUACGUUGAAGGUCUGUAUGACGUCAUACCCUGAUCACUUCUCCUCCUUUUGCCCCACCCUUUAAUCUCCUAAACCUUCUAAUUUAAUCCCUCUGAACAGAUUCAUUGAAGGGAACAAGAAUGAAUUGAUCAGCAAAAAUGCCUUUUCGCGGACUGCGAGAUCUGACUCAUCUGUAAGUCUGCUGACAUUCUCUUAACCACGUAGCAUCUGCAGCACUGACGUCUCACUAUAACAAAGAGUGACUGACACAUUUUUACAUUGUUCUGGUAACACUAUGUUUCUGAUUUAGAUCGCUUGCCAAUAACAAGAUGAGGUUUCUGCCAAGAAACCUGUUUUUUGACUUGGAUUCUUUGCUGGAACUAUUCUCUGGUGGAAUCCUCGGCGCCUAUAAACCAAACGCCCACAAGAAUCGAUCAUUUCAGCUCAGUCAACAGAUCACAGCGGCCACAUUGACCCGAGCUCCCCGAUUUCCAACCAUUCUCCUUUCAACACAAAGAAGAAACAAAAAUGGAAAUACUAAGAGACGCCAUCCUCAGAAGAACCCUUUGCACCGAGGAGGCACCACAAGCUGCUCCCGGCUUGCUGCAAAGGAUCUUCAGGUAUCUCAACCCCUGGGGUCAACCUCCCACGGUGACCCAGGAACAUCUGCAGGAGGCACCACUGCAGGAUGACUCAACCCACCCGGACACAAACCCAGAGACCGAGGAGGCACCACAAGCUGCUCCCGGCUUGCUGAAAAGGAUCUUCAGGUAUCUCAACCCCUGGGGUCAACCUCCCACAAUGACCCAGGAACAUCUGCAGGAGGCAUCACAAGCUGCUCCCGGCUUGCUGAAAAGGAUCUUCAGGUAUCUCAACCCCUGGGGUCAACCUCGCCCGGUGCAGAAAGACUCAAUCUUCAGAAGGAUCUUCAGGUAUCUCAACCCCUGGGGUCAAAAAACCCCAAACCAGGGAGUCAGGGGUGGACAAAACAAGACCAAAAAGAUGAAAAAAAGGUUCAAAAUCAAACUGAUGAUGAUGGGACUCAAAUACGGCUGGAGAACAAAGAGCAUGUAUUUCCUCCUCCUGUUUCUGUUUGCUGGUGGAGUGACACAGCACCUCCACCUCAGCAACCAGCUACAAGACGCCCGGCUGCAAAUAACCACCCUCACGCAGCUGAUGGGCCGAUUGAGUCCUGUCGCAGACACAAUGGCCAACUUCGCCCAGGAGUCGCAGGGAGCCAGAGUCCUCCACACCUUGUCCUCAGACACGUUCCGGACCUCGAUACAAGACAAAAUAAUGGACCAGCUGCUCUCCUGGGUCACCACCUCCACCGACCACCAAAGAAUCAUCCAGGACCACUCAAGGUCGCACCCCGGAGAGUGCUGGUGCUUCGCGGGGGCCAAGGGACACGCCGUCGUCUCCUUGUCGCAUCCCGUCGAGGUCACGCACAUCACAAUCGGUCACAUCACAAAAAGGCAGUCACUCACCGGGGAAAUCAACAGUGCGCCGAGGGAGUUCUCCAUCUACGGAUUGGUGCACGACAACGACGAAGGCAUCCACCUGGGGAGCUUCGCGUACAGCAAGAACGGCCUGAGCUCCCAGACCUUUGAGCUGCCUGUCCCAGUCAAAGAUUUCUUCAGCCACGUCAAGCUGGAGAUAAAGACAAACUGGGGGGAUGAAGACCAAACGUGCCUCUACAACUUCAGGGUGCACGGGUAUCCGGUGUCUGGUUAGGGUGUAGAAGGUCGACCAACCCUGAACCGAACAAAUGAGAUGUCAUCAAAUAGAAUACAUAAAUAUGUGAUCAUGGGUAUGCAUAAAUAGAUGUAUUAGAUGACAUGUUCACAGAUGUGUUCGGGUUGGUUUGCCUUCCCACGUGGGUUUUCUCCGGGUUCUCCGGUUCGCCCCAACACACCAAGCAUUGUUUGGUUUACAGUUGGCAGAAGAGGAUUAGGUCUUUUGGGGUUUUCUCCGGGUUCUCCGGUUCACCCACAUUAAUACCCAACAUUAUUGGGUUCACAAAAAAAAAUGUUUAGUUUAUAAUAAUAAAUAUUUGGAAAUUUA